AUGAUGAGGUUUAUGGUCCUUGCUUUUCUGGUUGUCGGGGCUUAUGGGUGUGGUAUGCCCACCUUCCCUCCCAUCGUAAAGAGGGUUGUUGGGGGUGAGGAUGCUCGUCCACAUAGCUGGCCCUGGCAGAUUUCCCUCCAGUACAGCAGAAAUGGUCAAUGGGGCCACACCUGUGGAGGUACCCUGAUCUCCAGCGAAUGGGUUCUUACUGCCGCUCACUGCAUUAAUAAGGCCAACACUUACAGAGUUGUGCUGGGCAAACACAACCUGAAGGAGGUUGAGGAUGGCACUCUGGCCAUCCCUGCUAGCACCAUCGUCGUGCAUGAGAAGUGGAGCUCCUUCUUCAUCCGCAACGACAUCGCCCUGGUGAAGCUGUCUACUCCUGUUGCCUUCACUGACACCAUCAUGUCUUCUUGUCUUCCUGAGGCUGGCUACAUCCUGCCCAAUAAUGCUCCCUGCUACGUCACUGGCUGGGGACGCAUAAAGACUGGUGGCCCGAUUGCUGAUAUUCUGCAGCAGGCUUUGCUCCCUGUGGUUGACCACGCUACCUGCACUCAGCCUGACUGGUGGGGCAGUCAGGUUAAAGACACUAUGGUCUGCGCUGGAGGAGAUGGUAUUGUUUCUGGCUGCAAUGGUGAUUCUGGUGGUCCCCUGAACUGCCAAAAUAAUGAGGGUGUCUGGGAAGUCCAUGGUAUCGUGAGCUUUGGCUCUGGCCUCAGCUGCAACUACCCGAAGAAACCCACAGUUUUCACCCAAGUCAGCUCCUAUGUUAGCUGGAUUAGCACGACCAUGGCCAGCAAUUAGAGACAGUGGACAUGAACUUGAAUUUGUUC